UUCCUAUUAUUUUUUGACCACAGGAACAUUCUCCAGCCAGACAAACAGUUAAACCCUACACACACAGACACAGAGUCUUAACCGCUUCUCUUUCGAAUGUUUUGCUUUCGCUUUUGUACUAUUUUCUUCAAUUGGGUAUUGGUGGAUUCAGAUUCUUCCCUUCACUUCGUAUAGUACUGAAGCUUCCGUGAAAUCGGAUUUAUGGCAAACGACGAGCUUGUGAAGCCCGAGAACGCUCACUCGUCUUCGUUCAGACAAGAUCACUUCACUGGAAUCCGACACAACUUCGAGCUCUUUCCUACUAAUGACUACAACUCCGAUUUCGAACAGCUACUCGACAUCAAUCUCCAGAUCGGUGCUUCCUACGAGGAAAACGAGGUCUGGAACCAGUUCCAAGAACACAAAGCAACGGCUCUUCAAGACUCGAUGAUUCAUCACAGCGAUGAAACAGAACAAGAAGCUGUAGGUGUAGAUGGAAACCAACAUGUUAGCUUUCUCUCUUUUCCUGAUAACGAAGUCUCUGUAACUGGAGCAAGACAGAAGCAAGAAUCUCAAGAGAUUGAUGAGAACUUAGACUUGUCCAUGUCUAAUAACAACAGUAACAACAGCAUGCCUCCUCCUAGCUCUCAGUGCUGGUCUAUGUCCGGCGAACACGAGAUGUCCGUCGGCAAGGAGUUUCCAGACGCCAAGGCAUGUAGGAGAGCGCUGAGAGACGCAGCGAUCUCUCAACGUUUCGAGAUCCAAACAAUUAAAUCAGACAGGACACGCUUCACCGCGAAGUGCAUGUCCCAAGGCUGCCCUUGGAGGAUCCACUGCGCCAAGCUCCCUAACUUACCAACUUUCACGGUGAGAACCGUUCACAGCACUCACACUUGCGGCGGGGUCUCGCAUCUCGGUCAUCAGCAGGCCUCGGUCCAGUGGGUCGCCGACGCAGUGUCCGAAAAGCUGAAAGAGAAUCCUCAUUUCAAACCGAAGCAGAUACUGGAAGAGAUCCACAGAACUCACGGGAUCGCCUUGUCUUACAAGCAGGCGUGGAGAGGGAAAGAGAGGCUGAUGGGGAGAGUUAAUAAACUCCUCCGCGGUGGCUCGUUUGAAGAAGAGUACCGUCUCCUUCCUCAGUACUGCCACGAGAUCGUGAGAGCGAAUCCGGGGAGCGUUGCUCUGGUUCAUGCCAAUCCAAUCGACGAGAGGUUCCAACAAGUGUUUGUUUCGUUCAAACCGUCGAUCACCGGGUUUUUAACCUCCUGCCGUCCUCUCAUCGCCCUCGACAAGGCGGUUUUAAAGAGCAAGUAUCCCGGUACGUUGCUGGUAGCGAGCGGUUUCGAUGGAGACGGAGGUGUGUUACCGUUGGCGUACGCUGUGGUUAGCGAAGAUAACGAUAGCAGCUGGUAUCAGUUUCUUACCGAGCUUCGUAAGAUUCUUGAAGUUAAUAACUGUGAAAGUAUUGUUAAACGAAAGCUUACCAUACUCUCCACCAUGGAGAAGUCGAUCGUUGAUGGUGUAGAGAUUAACUUCCCAACUGCGUUUCACGGCUUCUGCGUUGAUCAUCUCGCGGGGAGGUUUCACAAAGAGUUCCACAGCUCGACUCUCGUGAGCCUUCUCUGGGAAGCUGCGCAUUCUCCCACCGUCGUCGAGUUCACAUCGGUGAUCAACACCAUCCAGCAGAUAUCUCAGGAGGCGUUUUUGUGGAUACAGAACAUCUCUCCUUCUCUGUGGGCGUCUUGUUACUUCGAAGGGACGAGGUUCGGACAGCUAACGGCGAAUGUGGUUACGGAGUCGUCGCUCAAGAGCUGGAUCGAAGAUGUCUCUGGUCUUCCUAUCGUUCAAACGAUGGAGUGCUUCCACCGCCGUCUGAUGGAUCUGUUCAAAGAGCGGCGCGAGGCGAGCUCGCGUUGGUCUGAUGAUGAUGUGCUCGUUCCUUCUGCCGAGAGUCGCAUGCUCGCGGCGAUGGAGAAGUCUCGCGGUCACCGGGUGUACAGAGCGAACGAGGCCGAGUUUGAAGUCAUGGCUAGCGAAGGCAACGUUGUUGUGGAUGUAGAGAACCGGUCUUGUUUGUGUCGGAGGUGGGAGGUUCAGGGUUUGCCGUGUAGCCACGCGGUUGGAGCUCUCUUGACUUGCGAAGAGGACGUUUACGAGUACGCAGAGAGUUGUUUUACUGCGGAGAGUUACAGAAGGACUUAUGGUGAAGCUAUAGAGGCGGUUUCGGAGAGUGUUGAGUGGAGAGAAAAGGUUGUAAAGAGGGAAGAUGGUGGUGGAGGAGGAGAUGGAAUAAGAACACCGAAGCUUAAAGCGGGGAGGAGGAGAGUAAGACGAGUAAGACCAGAGGAUGGUGAUCGUGUGAAGCGUGCGGUUCAUUGUAGCCGGUGUCAACAGACGGGUCAUUUCAGAACCACUUGCAUUGCUCCUAUGUAACAUUAGUCUUCCUUUUGUCGUUUUAAAAAAUAUGAUUUUAGGACAUUAUUUGGUUGAGAUGUGCUCUAUGUAAGUUUGAAAAGCUAUGGUUUUAGGCAAUCUUCAAAAAUUUGAUGCCUAGAAAUUAAAAUUUUUAAUACUUAAUAUUUAUAUUAGAUAUAUACUUUUUAUGUUUAA